AUGUGUUGCGACUCAAGUGUACUGCAGCAACACGACGCUCGCUACGGUGGGAGGUCAUUGCUCAAGGCUGCAACGACCACGAUGGCGCUGAAACUCACGCCCCGAGGCCAAGGCGCCAAGGGCUUUCGACCUGACGAGGUGGUCGAGAGCGGUUGGGGCUAUGAAACGCCUGCUGGCCUCUUCUCGUUACCAUAUGUGCGCUCGGCGCCGCUUUUCAUCCACGACCUAUUCGACCAUAAUCUGUGGGAAUGGAAGGAGUUCAUGGCUUUAGAGGUUGAUAAGAGUUCAUUCGCAAAAGAGUUCGAUCCUUCCCGUGUGAAAAACCUCCUGGAGUCCCGCAGCACGCCUGCGGUCCCACCUACAAAACACAUGAUGAUCCUGCUUCCCUCGCAAACGUGCAUCCACCCCGACGGCUCAAGGACGAUAUCCGCCGUGUGUUUUCAUUGUCUCUAUCACUUUACUCUUCGCAUCCAGGCGAACUCCGGGCAUGAUCUUUGCCGGGUUAGGGCGCCCACCGGUGGCACGAAUAUAGCAGACGCCAUUAAUGGUCCACAUCAGCUCUACCUCGAAAACCGAAACCUCGGGCCUGCCUCGGCCGAAUCCAGAUAUAAUCCCGUUAUUCUACGUGGGCUAUACGCCUGUACAUCAGAGCAAUGUGGUCUUCAGGUUGUUGUGGAGGUAUCCGCGCCGCGAAUAGACGCAAAGUGGAUCGACCUUUUGACAAACCAAGACCGGAUUAAGAAGCGGUUAGAGGACUUGAAAGCUGCCGAUCCGGAACGCUUCGAUAUCGGACCCAAUGAGUGGCACAAGGCCGGUCUUAGGCAGCUUGUCACGUAUUUAAAAGACCUCUUGGACGCGGCCGACCAUGGAAAGGAGCCUCGGACGCUCUCAAAGCGCAAUAAACGCUUCGAGGCCGUCAUGGGGCCUGAGUUUUAUGAACUGUUCCGUUUUCUCGAAUAUAAGGAGUUCUCUCGCGUCAACCAACGGUGCUCUCACCUACCACUUUCGCUUUUGGGCAUCCUGCCCGACUUCCACCCCAAGCUCGUGUACAAUAGCCGCGCUAAGCUUUCUGCUUUCCUACCGGAUUUCAAGGCGACGUUUGAGGAUUCUAUGUACAGCAUUGCUCGCGACACAUCUGGCCACCUUGGUCUCAAUGCCGAGUUUUUGCGCCGCGCCAAGGCUGUCGUGGGUGAGGAUAGCGAUGACAUGUUCAACGAGACUUGGGGUCUCGCUCCGAGCAACAUCCGCCGUACGGAUGACGAGGUGAUCACUGCCGUGCGGAAGAAACUUCGUGAUUCGCCUGAAGCCGUCGAUAUCAUUUUCGAAAUGCUCCCGGUCUAUGCUAGGUCUCGCGGGAGCAAAAGGCUCCUCCGUUUGAUUGACUGGGUAUCAACCCUGCUGCCGAUGCCUAUCGAUCUUGCCUUUGACGUUCUCGGCGCUAGGCCCGAUGAUAGUGCCAAACAGCUCAUACUCAACGCACAAACUAGGGUCAAGCUCGCAAAGGCGGCGACCAUUGCCAACGCAAUGAGGGCGAUAGCUCGAUAUCGAGAAGACUCUGUUCUGUCUCGGCAAGCUGAAAUCACCGCGGAAGGGCCCAUAACAAACCCGGUUGGACUUGAGAAUAUCGGCAAUACCUGCUACCUGAACAGCAUCAUUCAAUACCUCUACACAGUACAGCCAAUCCGUGGGCUUAUCGAUGAAUACGCAGAAAACAAGCUCGAGAUCGAUGACAUGGAAAAGAGGCGGAUUGGUGGCAGUAAGGUCAAGGUCCAGCCUGUCGAUCUCGUCAUCGGCCACUACUUCACUGGAGAGGCUCUGCAAACACUAUUCGCCCAAAUGACGACUGUUUUCCGUGGGCCUUGUGCACCCAGCCAAGGCCUCGCAAACGCCGUUCUUCUUUCCAGCGAGCAACUGUUGCGUCUGGCAAAGUCCGCUGCCGAGCCGCAAGCCUAUGCUGGCAUGUUUCCAGCGCCUUCGACUAAUGUCCGCCGUACCCCGCCGCCGCUGCCAGCACGGCCUACCCCGGCCGUGCCACUUAAGCAAGCUGACGAGACGACGAACGACCCCGAUCCUCCCUUGAUCGACUUGACAGGGCCGAGCCGUUCUAGCUCCCCUACUCUUAUGGGAGAUGCCGCUUCAGAUAGGUCGUUUGACCAGACCAAGGUGGACGCUAUGGAAAUUUCUGAAGAGGCAGCGACUGCCGUUAACGCUGAUGCCGAUGCAAAGAUGGGCCAGGCGCCAGGUGUCACCGUUCUUUCAAAGGCUAAAGAUGAUGUUGAGAUGACAGACGGCGAAACUGUGGCGUCAGGCGAUGACGAGGGAUCAGUAAAAUCGACGGCAGACACGCCAGAUUCCGAAACUGAAGGACUUCUGAACACUCUCAAGGUUAAGCACGAGCUCACCAUGAUCCAGCAAGAUGUAGACGAGAUCAUGGGUCGCGUCCUAGGUCUGCUGCAAGCUUCGAUUAAGCCCACAUCAAUCGAGAAUGACAUCCAGAUCGAGACUGUCAUGCAGACCUUUUUCUUCAAGGUUAUCAUGCGAACCAUCAGCUACCAGGACGGCGACCUAAGAACACCGCAUGAGACCAAAUCUGCAGAGUUCUUUAGAAAUCUGACCGCCUACCCUGCUCCUGACGGCCCCUGUACCUUGUACCAAGCCCUGGACAACAACUUUGACCAGGAGGAGAUUGAAGGCACCACAACAUCGCGAUAUUCGUCUAUCGAAUCUCUACCGCCCAUUUUGCAUGUCCUUGUGCAAAGGACCAAGGAGACGGCACCAAGAACCCCAACCCUGUCGUGA